AUGACGGAACCGAAAGUCGUUCAUAAUCAUCACGUAAAGUUCGCUGCUCGUUUCCAGGUAACUGCACCGCCCCCUGCGAUACCGUGUGCCAUUAAGGACGAAGUUGAACUGCUACGGGCAGGUCUUCGUAACAAACAUGGUGACCAUGUGAAACAACAUCAUAAAUAG